ACUAAAACGAAAGCAGCUAUUUGAUUGGUUUUCAACGGCAGCCAGGCUAUACGUCACCCCCAGAUGCUGUUUCUAUAGGAUAUUAUCACGUACACAUUAGACUGUUACGACCUGACGUUCAGAGUUACGUCAUCAGAUCGGAAGUGGUCUGUGCUAAGCGUUGGAGGCCUCGGGUGCUGCUGCGCGUGCGUUCCACCGGCCGGAAGUGCAGUGCGCGCUGUCUCCAGUGUUUGUGGUCCAGGGGCCGGGCAGGAAGUGCGGAGCGGUCGGGGCGGGCUGCUAGCGGGCUUCGGGUGAUGUGAAGCGGUCAGAAGUCUGGUCAGGGCGGAAAGAUGCGGGGCUGGGGGCUGCUCGUCCCGCUGCUUCUGCUGGGAACCAACUGCCCCGGUACCGCGGGACUCACUGAGGUGUCGCUGGGAAGGUUCACAGACGUCACACUGAAUGGUUCCUCCCCUGUAGAGUUCGUCCUGAAGAACAUUCCCAGCAAUGUCUCCUUCAUCCUCUUCCAGGUGCACAGUCAGUACGCCAACGUCACGCUGUCCGACAGCAAGAUCCCCAGUAUUAAUGAUUCGGAGACUGGCAGUGACGCUGGACUCCUCACCGCCCUCCUCACCAAUCAGACCGUGUGCACCUGGUACCUGGACACCUCACUCCCGGAUCCGGUGCCGGCGUCGGCGGUCACUGUCCCGUACACACCAAGGGACCCUAUCCCCGGAGCCUGUAACCUGGAGUUUAAUCUAGACACCGACCCCAACGUGUAUCUCAGUUACAACCUCUACGAGACGGUCAUCAUGUUUGCCCCGGCCAAUUUGGGCCAUGCCAGAGAGGCGACUCCUCCGGCCUGUGACAUCCAGACGGGCUCGGAGUCCAGGUGGCGGCUGCAGUACGACAUUUACCAGUAUUUCCUUCCGGAGAACAAUCUCAAUGACUCCGUGUUGUUGGCGCAGCUGCAGAAGAUGUCAGUGGUGCCUCAGAUCACCGCCAAUGGGAUUAAGCUGGCCACCUUGACCUCCAACGACAGGACCACCAUGUCCUUCUCUUCCAUCCCCGGACAAGGAAUUAUUUACAACGUGGUCGUCCGCGAUCCCGUCCUGAACACGUCUGCAGCUUACGUGCCGGUCCACACCUACGCCUGCAGCUUCACCGUAGCAAUGGACAACUGCGCCACCCUGGGUAAAGUGUCAACUAAAGUUUUCUUCACGUUCUGCGCCGUCUUCGGUCUCUUCAUCUGCUUCUUCGGACACCGGUAUCUUAAGAUCUGUUUCUUCUCCAUGGGUUUUAUAAUCUUCGGAUUUUUCAUGUUCGUUCUCCUUACAAGAGUCACACAUCUCAACCACGAUGCCCGUCUGACGCUGACUGCCGUGACCGGAGUUAUCGGGGGCCUCCUGCUGGUUGGUUAUUGGUGGAGAUUUGGCUGCAUUUACCUCUGUCUCCUGCUGGUGGGGCUCGUGCUGGGUUUCCUUGUGGCAGCCAUUGUAUUCUUCACCCCAAUAGGGGAUUACUCCACCUUCCGGAAUGACAGCAUAUUCUGGCUGACGUUCACCUGUAUCGCCUUACUGGUACCUGCCGGUCUGCUUCCUGUCCCGAAAAUACUGAAUAUCCUGAGCUGCAGCGUGGUCGGCUCCUAUACGGUGGUCCUGGCCAUUGACAGCUACCUGUACACCAGUCUCAGCUACAUCACGUUAAAUGUCCUCAAGAGGGCGCUAAACAGGGACUUCAGCACCGCCUACAGCAGCGUCCCGUUCCAGAAAAACGACUUCAUCGUGAUUGCGGUCUGGGCGAUCCUCGUAGUCAGCGGCGUGACAACCCAGCUGUACCGGGAGCGGGAUAGGCUGCCUUUCCCCCCCACCCCCUACGUGAUAUGGAAGCGUGACCGAGAGCGGCGGGUCACCAACAUCCUGGACCCCAGCCAUCACACGCCGCCCUUAAAGGAUCGCGUCCUGGCCAGCCUGGACCGGAUAAGACAUUUAUUCCGGAAGGAGCCACCACUGGGGGAGCGGACGCCCCUGCUGCUGUAGCCAAAGGAAACCCUGCAGGUUCAGCCUGGACUCAGAGCUGCAGUAUCGGGGAGUCGACACAGAUCGCGGGGGGUCUGUAAACGCCCGCCGCCAUCAUGGAACCAGUCGCUCUGCAGUAUUACACUUGUUUACCUAGGACUGCGUGAAAGGCAGGAUUCAGUAUUACGCGGCGGCCUCAGCCGCAGGUACGGAGUCGGUAGGUAACCAUUGGCCGGCAGCUGACGGCUUCCCGCUAUUUACUAAUCUCCGUUCCGCCGGAAGCCCUUAGCUGCUCGAAAUUACGCCAAAGGUGUGUCUCACUGCGCACAUUUUGUUGCACAAAAAUCUGAUUACUACGGCAGUAAGUAAUGAUAAGACGCCUAGAGGUGAGCACCGGUACUACAGCGACUUUUUUUUUUUUUUUUUUUUGCUGUCUGCUCAAUGCCAGUAGGCUGUCUGGUAAAGCCCUGAGCAAAAAUAAUGUAUCCAUAGCAACCAGUGUGUCUGGAAGCAGUCAGGUCAUGGCGGUCUUACUUUGCUUUAUUAAUCAGAUUUUUCUCGGUUUUAGGUGGAGCCGCCGCCGCUGUAUGUGAUGUCAAAUGUCCAUUCCUCCACAUUUAUUCCUAUGAGAGUUGUUGUUUUUUUUUUUUAUAUACUGGCGCCUAUGACCAACGGCAGGAAACACUAUGGCGGUGCUUUUAUACCAUUUAUAUACUUAUUUUUUUUCUUAUAUAUAUAUUUUUUUUUAAAGGGGAACAAACUGUUCAGAAUGCUGGAACCGGGAGCUUGUGACAUCAUAGCCCCGCCCCCUCAU